UUAGCCAAGUAAUUCAAAGUCUUAUUAAAAAUAUGUAGCAGAAUCGCCUGAUUUAGCUAUGGGACCAUUCGAUUAUCUAUUGAACCAAGUAGAUCAGGCAUUGCCAGCAGCACUUCGCCCACUUUGGCAUUCACCGGUGGGCCCGCGUACGAUAUUCUUCUGGGCGCCAACAAUAAAAUGGGCUGUGGUAUUGGCAGGAAUUGCUGACAUGUACCAUCGGCCUCCGGAGAGCGUAGCCAGGGAACAGUGUGCUAUGUUAGCCAUUACCGGCCUGCUUUGGUCCCGCUGGGCCGUGCAGAUCAAGCCUAGAAAUUACAACUAUCUAGCUGUUAAUCUGACACUCUUUCUCUCGCAAGCCAUUCAACUCUAUCGCAGUACCUUGGUAAAGGACAACAGCGUCCAGACGACAGAGGUCAAUUACGAAAGACCAUGGUUGCUUUACUGGAUUUAAGAGGCCAGUGAAACUUCUAUAAAUUCUAAUACCUACAUACAUAAGUGUAGACAAACUUUUGGCACUCGUUUAACAUUAAAUGGCGUCAUUGGUUCUGUUUGCAUAA